CCGAGGUCUAAGGAUGCGCUCCAAGGCGUGAGCCUGCGCGUGCCGCGCGGGUCGAUGUUCAUGCUCCUCGGCCCCAACGGCUGCGGCAAGUCCACGCUGCUGCGAACAUUCGCCGGGCUCGUCACGCCGUGGAGCGGUCGGCUGAGAGUCCAAGCGCCGCGCGCGUUCGUGUUCCAGAACCCCGACCACCAGGUCAUCAUGCCCACCGUGGGCAACGACGUCGCGUUCUCGCUGAACUGCAGGUACCCGAACAUGAGCGCGAAGGAGAUGAACGCGCGCGUCCGAGCCGCGCUCGCCGCGGUGAACCUCGAUCCGGAUGAGUUCAUGACUCGGCAGGUCUCCACGCUGUCGGGGGGGCAGAAGCAACGGGUGGCCAUCGCCGGGGCGCUGGUGGAGAAUCCGCGCGUGCUGCUGCUGGACGAGCUCACCACCUUCCUCGACGAGGCGGAUCAGGCCGGGGUGGUGCGGGCGGUGAGAAACGUCGUGGACUCGGACUCGAAAGUCACAGCCGUGUGGGUCACGCACAGGCUCGAGGAGCUGCGGCACUGCGACGCCGCGUGCUACAUGGAGGACGGCCGCGUGGCGGAGAUGGGCAGCGGGGAUUACAUCCGGGGGUACAUCAGGCAG